UUCAUUUUUCUGUGCGUGACUGUCAGAGCACUACUUGUGUGAGGUGGGUCUACACAGCCAAUGCUGUAUGCUGGCAACGUAGACGUUUUUCUGGGUAAGGAAUAGGGGGUGGAUGUAAAAGCUCACAGCCAUGCAGCCGCAGUUUGGCUACAGGUUGAAACGUGUUUUGAAGUGAACCGUCAUAGUUUGGCAUGUGAUUGCACAAUAAUAUAUUGGAGUGACCAGGUUGUCCGAUUGUCACACAAGCGCUAUAUUGGUUUGUAUUCAUCAUCUGAAUUGCUGUACAGUAUUAGUCAUCUGAAACUCCAUGCUUUUGUAUUUGGGGACACCGUUGUCUUUACUCUUCAGAUAUCAGUAUCUAGCUUAGUUUCAUGUGCUGCUGCUGAAAUGAAGAUAUUCAGUUACUGCUACUAUAUGCAAACAUAUUGGCAACUGAAAUUAUACUCUACCGGGCAUGGCCAACAUUGUCAGCACAGAUCUGUCAUAAUCAGUACUGGUUCUCUCAUAAAAUCAACUUCCAAUGUUGGUGAUUUAGGAAGGCCUUCAAUAAUGGGGGCAUUAUUUAAUACAGUUUAGUGGCCUUGUAUAUUUGUUUUGAUCCUACAUCUUGGUAAUAGAGAGAUGUACUUCUGAUUGGGAUGACUUCCUAAACAAGGGCAACAUACUAUAUGUUUCAUAUUUUUAAGGGGGUCGUCUUCUGGGUGAGGACAUCAGCCUGCCAAACGCAGAUACAGUAGGUAAUUGCUAGUUAAGUACUCCGCCAAUCCUGCCCCCAUAUGAAGCCAUGCCCUGCAGUAUUGUUGAAUUAAACAAUGACAAAAACAUUACCAAGUGAAGUCCCUCCCACAAGGCCAGCAUCGAAUGGAAGGUUCAGUGUGCAGUGGUCUGAGGAUUUGGUUAUUUGACCAAUAGCUAGAGCCUCCCACCACAUUUGGGGUACCAAAAUAUUAUUAAAAUGAGGCCUGGUUUUGACCUGUGGGCCACCUGUUACUGCCCAGUGGUAUAUAGCACCAAGGAGCUCUCUUCCCAUUCAACCCCAGACUUCCUGUUUUCAGAUGAGCGCUUGUUAAUGGACACAGGAACAGUCCAAAUAUAGCUACAGUAACUCAUCAGCCUUCUGGCAUUUGGACUGUUGGUGUGGGAGAUACCCCAGACUGCCCUGUUAAGACCUGAGUAAAACUUAGGGUUACAUUGGCAUUCUGCUGGAUUGGUUCUUUGCUGGACGGGCAGCCAGGUGAAUUAAGCUCAAAUCAUCUGCCGCACCAUUGCUGUUUUUUGCUGGUGAUAGCAUUUAGGUCAUACCACGUGGGGUUCAUGAUGUCUGGACAUUUAGAAGAACAUUGAUGUUCUUGAAUGAGUUAUUUUGAUUCCAGUGGAAUCUGCCAGAUCUUUUUAAUCACUCUGUUUUCAAGAAGAACUAUAACCCAGGUUCCAGCGGACCGAUAAACACAAGGAUCCACGGUUCCUUGAAAGAGAACGCGUCCAUCAAAGCCACAGGUCUUUCUCCCAGGGACCGUAGAGUGUGACCAUGCCUGUUCAAGCGCCACAAUGGACGGAAUUCCUGCUGUGUCCCAUCUGCACCCAGCUGUUCGAGGAGAGUGUCCGCAAGCCCAUCAGCCUGGGCUGUGGCCACACCGUCUGCAAGAUGUGCCUCAACAAGCUGCACCGCAAAGAAUGCCCUUUCGACCAGACGCGCAUCACCGCCGAUGACAUCGAGCUGCUGCCUGUCAACACUGCCUUGCUGCAGCUGGUGGGAGGACAGGUCCCCAAACGGCAGCCAACCACCUUGCUGAUUGCGGCAGAGGACAUGGCUCACUAUGAAGAGGCCAGUGAUUGUGUGGAGGUGCUGGCCCUGUACCUGAAACCCCUGAGUAACAACCGAGGUGUGGGGUUGAGCUCCAGCGGGGCUCAGAGCUCUCUGAGUCGGCCCAUGCAGAGGAAGCUGGUGACCUUGGUUCACUGCCAGCUGGUGGAGGCGGAGGGGCGGGUGAGGGCCACGCGGGCUGCCAGGUCCCUCGGGGAGCGCACCGUCACCGAGCUGAUCCUGCAGCACCAGAAUCCCCAACAGCUCUCCUCCAACCUGUGGGCUUCAGUGAGGGCCCGGGGCUGCCAGUUCCUCGGCCCAGCGAUGCAGGAGGAGGCCCUGAAGCUGGUACUGCUGGCUCUGGAGGACGGAUCCGCCCUGUCCAGGAAGGUCCUGGUGCUGUUCGUGGUCCAGAGGCUGGAGCCACGUUUCCCCCAGGCCUCGAAGACCAGUAUAGGCCACGUGGUGCAGCUUCUUUACCGGGCUUCCUGCUUUAAGGUGACUAAGCGUGACGAGGACUCGUCCCUGAUGCAGCUGAAGGAAGAGUUCCGGACCUACGAGGCGCUGCGGCGCGAACACGACUCCCAGAUCGUUCAGAUUGCCAUGGAGGGGGGGCUCCGCAUUGCCCCGGACCAGUGGUCCUCCCUGCUCUACGGGGACCAGUCCCACAAAUCCCACAUGCAGUCCAUUAUCGACAAGUUGCAGACGCCAGCAUCGUUUGCUCAGAGUGUGCAGGAGCUCACUAUCGCCCUUCAGAGGACGGGCGACCCAGCGAACCUCAACCGCCUACGACCCCACCUGGAGCUCCUAGCCAACAUCAACCCCAACCCUGACUCUCCUCCGCCCACUUGGGAGCUGCUUGAUACGGGCCUGGUGGCAGUGAAGACGGUGGUUCACGGCCUGGUUGAUUUCAUCCAGAACCACAGCAAGAAGGGAAGUGACCCGCAACAGCCCCCCCAGCACAGCAAAUACAAGACGUACAUGUGUCGGGACAUGAAGCAGAAAGGGGGCUGUCCCAGAGGAGCCAGCUGCACCUUCGCCCACUCUCAGGACGAGUUAGAGAAGUACCGUAAGAUGAACAAGCGGCUGGCCGCCCGUCGUCCACUCAGCCUAUCCCUGACGCAGCUCAACGAGGUGGGCCUGUUGCCCGAGGAGGUGGGCAUGCUGGAGGGGCUGGCCCACAAGGGCCUGACCAAUGGCAUGGUGUCGUCGGUCACCGGCUCCGCCCUGCCUCAGCUUAUCUCCCGUGGCGCGGACUCCUCCUACGAACCCUUGAUGAGGAAGCCCCAGUCCCAAGGAAGCCUCAGUGCCCCUGGCUCUCCGCCUGACUCACUGGACACUGCACCCAGUCGGUCCACCCACCAGGCCAGGAUGUCAGUGGACCACCUGGCCAUACACAAGCAGAUGCCCAGGGCCCCCCCCAUGUAUACCCCCCAGCAGGGGGAGCACUUCUACCCCCCUGAGCCCAGGGCACCUCCAUCAUCACUGCAAUACGAGUCCUCACAGUACCCCCCAGGUAACCCCCCCUACCCCUACAUGCCCUCCCAGUACCCCCCCCAGCCCCGUUACGUCCGGAACCCCCAUCCCCCCAGCGACCCGCCCAUGUCCCCCUACCCAGAGUCCCCCUAUCCCGUCUCCUACCCCCAGGAGCGCCAGUGUCCCCCUCCAGCCCAGCCCCCAGGUCCCCACUUCUCGAACACCGCCCCCCAUGGCUACCCCCCUCCCCCCCAUUACGACAGCCAACGACACCCGUCCUAUCUGCCGCCCCAGUCGUAUCCCCACAGGGAGAACCCCUCCUCCCUUCCUGCGGAUGACGCCUCCAGGGAACGAUAUGCCUCAGAUGUUUACCCCCCCGCCGGCCCCCACCCGGGCCACAUGAGGCCCUACGCCAGCAGGGAGGCUUACAGCCGGCCCCAGCCCCCCCCCUCUCUGGACUACCUGCACCGGCGCCGACAGGAGAUCAUGGCCCAGCUGGAGGACAGGAAGCAGGUCGUCUCUCCCCCGCCGUUCACUCCCUCACCGACGCUGCCGCACACCACGUACGAGUCCAGCUACACAUCUGAGCAGCUGCAGUACAUGGAGGAGAACUCGCAGGUUCUGGCGAAGUACCGGGAGCAAGGCUACGCUAGCCAGUAUUCUCCUUGGUCAUGUGACAUUAUUGGUUCCUACAUGGGCAGCAAGGAGGGGAAGUCUAAAGACAACAUGGAGGUCAUGAACAAUGCGGCGAAAGUCGUGGAGGGCCAGCGCCGGGUUGCCGAAGCCAGAGACGACGACCCCAUCAUCCCGUUUGGCUCCCUACCCACUGUGUCGCGCUUCGGAGUGAUUUCCCGCACCCCCAAGUCAGGCUACCAGAUGGCCGGGCCGGGGCCAGCCGUGAACCCCUCCCAGGGGACCAGCAGCCCCAAACACACUGCUCCGACAGCAGACUACCCGUUUGCGAACGGCACAGGGUGGGGCGCUGCAUCGUACGCCCAGCCCCCUCAACCGCAACUGGGCCAACGGCCGGUCCCAGAGAGGGAGCAGCUGAAGAUGGAACUCCAGCAGGUCAACCAGCAAAUCAGCAAGCAGUCCACCCAAGCCACCCAGGCCGGCCCGGGGGAGUGGUCGUCGGGCGGCGUCUCCAGCCAAGAGCUGAGUCUGGAACUCCACCACGUGGAGAGAGAGAUCGGCAAGAGGACCCGCCAAAUUGCCCUGGAGAACCAUGUGUCUCCUGAUAGGAGCGGGGCGUACAAGCUGAAGCCCUCUGAGAACGGGCAGGCUGAGCACAAAAUGCAGAGAGAGGAGCACUCGUUGGUCCUCAGCAGUGAGGCCUGUUCCGGCGGUGUGUUGGCGGAUGGCGGUUCGUCCAGUGAUCUGUCCCGUCUGACCACCAAGACCUCGUCUCUCAGCCUAUCAACUGAUCUGGCUACUAUCGGGGGCGCUGACCGACCAACCAACAGUGUGGUCCACCUGUGCUCCUAGCCAAACCGUCUGGUACUACAACUACCCCCAAACCAACCACACAGAGCCUUGGGGGACCCCCCCCCCCCCCCACACACACCACCACUACGAUUGCUAAAUCCUUUUUACUGUCGUUCUGAGGAGCACAACCUGGUCCGUCCUUCGCUCCGGGUCCUCUACUCUGUUCUCGAAUGCUCUACAGUACCUACAUCCACAUUUGCAAAAUAUGAUUGACACCACUAACGGGAUUUGAACUCCAUUACAUGUGUGGCGAGAGGUGCUACCUCUCUCCUUGCUUACAAUACUGAGAGGCCGUUCUAGGUCUCUUACAAAGAGAGAUUUAAGGGCUCUAAUUGUGAAACUUUAAAAAGCCACUGAUAUGCUAAUGUGGAUGUAGUGCCUGCGUAGGAAACAGAACUUCAUCUGAAACAACACAAACUCCCACCAUUGCAACUUCAGGUUUCUGCAUCUGAGUAGUAUCUGCCAUACAUUUUCCUAUUUUUCUUUAUUUUUUUAUGAACGGUUUUUACAUGUGCAUUCUCACUGCCUUGGAAACCAAGGAUUUAGAGAUUAUUAUUAUUUUCUCCAAGAACUCAAGAACGUCGACCCAAUAAUGAUUAAAUAAUAUAAUGAAAAGAGACCAGUUCAUUGGUUUCAAACGGACAACCAUUAUUGCAUUGACAUGAAUUACACCUCAGUCAUUAGCAUCACAUGCAAAAAAAAAAUGUGUAGCAACCAUUGUAUCUAGCAUACAUGCAUGUUCUGAAAUGUAGACCGUUUGGAAUUCAUCCUAAGUCCAUUUAGCUAUGCUGCGAUGUUAUUCGCCAACCCUCUAGUUGAGCGGUUAGUUAAAUUUAACUCUUGCCACUUGAGGAUUUCAUACUUUCAGCUCUGUUCAAGGAGCACUUUUACAUGUAGUCUAAAGAUCUCCAUCUUAUAGAAACAAUAUUUAUUAGCAACCGGCUGUGAGAAAGAUGUGCAUUGCCAAAACAUUAAACAUUGAAUAUGACAUUGGUGUCCUUUCAGGCAAAUUAAACAUGUGUUUUAAUGUAAAUGAAACCUUAACAUACGGCAAAUAAGACAGGGUGUGUUCUGCAAACAGAAAUUACGCGUUAGGACGUCCCCGGAACGUCAGGAGGUUAUUAUAGACCCUUAGCUGCCCUUUGGGGUUAGCCUGUUUGCUGGUUCCAGUAGUUAGUUCAGUAGCCUGGCCUUCUUUCAAUACGCCCCUCCACCCCGGAACGGGAGAUUUGUAUCAUCGUCUGCACCCUAUAGGAUUGGGGAUAUAGAAGCGUUUUGCUGAAGUGCACAACGACAGAUUUGCUAUAACUUGUUGGCUCGGGAUUAGAACCAGUAACCCUCCGGAUACCGGCCCAACACUCUUGACCACUAGGCCAUCUGUGUGAACGUGACCACGGUCACAUUUGGACCUGGCAUUCGAGUGGGACUAUUUCAGUGCCACGAUUGACUGCACAGGGUGUAGUUAGUGUGUCACGCAUACGUCUGCUGUUGAUUGGUUGCUCAGAGGUGCAGGAGAAGGAGUAAAGGAAACCAGGAUGAAGCCGGACAACAAUCAUGUCUGCAGUUUGAGGCAUUUGUCUGCAAAGCAUAUUUGCACUUUCAUAGCUUUAACGGUGGUUUGUACUGAGGAUCUGUAUUUAUUCGUAUGCAUUUUCAUCCUGAGGAUGGAUGUAACAUUAAAAGGUAAAAGGUAAAACCACACUCUGUUUUAAGAGUGUGUCGUCUAAGGCUGUGGUUUCUCAUCAGGUCUUUACACGUCACUCUUUCUGAGCUGAUCUGAUUAAAGACCAUUGGGUGAACUGCGUAUGCUAGCCUUAGAUGAACGUGGCUGUUCCCGAAGCCUUAACAGUUGCACAUUAAACCGUGUUGUAGAAAACAAGGUUAAAACAACCACACGGUUUUUAUAAAUCAAUCUACUGUACUGAUUUAGUUUUUUUACUGCGGAUGUACGACUGGUUCACUUUCAAACUUUGUGACGUGGUUUGCUGUUUAACAUCCCCAUAACACCGUUAUUAACGGGAAAGGUGACAUUCAAGCUUCAGUUACUCCUCUUCUCAUCUCCUCUGGCCACCUUCCUCAACAGAUCCAGCCAACAUUUGUCUAGUUUUAUUUUAACUUCCAAGAAGUUGCCUUAGUGAAAAGCUUUAUUCUUUUUUUUUCUUUUUUUUUUU